ACGAACUCGAGGAUCAGAUAGGCAGCAAAGGAGAUGCUCCAACUCCAAGUGCUGCAAUGGCGGCCUUCUCUACUGCCAUCUCCCCGCGCAUCCAUCUCCUUCCGCACAGCGACGCGCUGCAUCUCCGUGGCGUCAUUACCACUGGAAACCUCGGCGGGCAGCGGUGGCGGUGAGCUGACGGCGAGGGAGAGGAGAAAACUGAGGAAUGAGAGGAGGGAUCGGAGUUCUAAUUGGAGGGAGGAGGUGGAGGAGCGGCUUAUCAAGAAGCCCAAGAAGGGUAAAUCAUCGACGUCUGAGGGUCUUAACCUGGAUAAACUCGCCCUUUUGGGUCCGCAAUGGUGGAUUGUUCGGGUUGCUCGUACCAAUGCCCACGAGACCGCGGAGCGAAUCUCUCGUGCUCUUGUGAGGAAUUUCCCCGGAGUCGCCUUCAAGGUUUAUUAUCCCACUGUCCGAGAGCAAAGAGUAUUAAAGAAUGGUUCUUGCACUACAAAAUUGAAACCUAUCUGUCCAGGUUGUAUCUUCCUACAUUGUGUGCUGAAUAAGGAGAUACAUGAUUGUAUCAGAGAAUGCGAUGCAGUGGGAGGCUUUCUUGGAUUUCAAGUUGGGAACAAUAAGCGGAAGAUCAACCGACCGAAACCUGUGGGAAUCAAUGACAUGGAAGCGAUAUUCCAACAAGUAAGAGAAGAACAAGAAAAUGCCGACCAGGCAUUUGUAGAAUUACAGAAAGCCCAUAACAAGGGUCCUGCUAUAGAUUCUAGGGAGGAUUUAAACUCCCCCUCUUCUAAGGUUUCAAGAAAUUCCAGAAAAGGUGUGAAGUCCAUUGAUCUGUUAGUGGAUGAUAGCAACAGGCUUCUUACUCCGGGUGCAAGCAUUUGUGUCUUGUCUGGGCCUUUUGCGGAGUUCACUGGCUAUCUUAAGAAGCUAAAUCGUAAAAAUGGAAAGGCCACUGUAGGAUUUAUGUUGUUUGGCAAAGAGAGCACAUUGGAGGUUGAAAUUGAUCAAAUUGUUGUGGAGACGUCAUGAUGUUCAGUCACUAGUUUGGCCGUGGUGUUCGGUUAACUUCCCUUGCUAUCAUCUUUAUAUUGUGCUUAGAGUGUCUCUGACAGCAGUUGAGCUUUUGAAUGGGAUUGACUGACAGCAGUUCAUAGCCCAGUCUUUGAAGUGAGCAACAUAUUUAUAGCUCGAAGAUCACUAUGCUGGAGACCCUUUUUCCAAUCAGUGAGUCUUUUUUAUCAUCUUUUGGAGGAAUAUAUCCUAAAUGUUCUUUCACAAGAAUUUAUAAUUUCAAUCUUGGUUAGUUUAUCUGUCCAAUGCUGUUUCUUUGUGGAUGUAUUACUAAACAUUAUUGUUUAGUAUUAUAAUUUUGAUCCUAGUUUGCUUAUUUGUCCAAUGCUUUUGCUUUAUGGAUGAAAUACAAUAACAUUAUUAUCUAGUAAAACAUUUAUCUGCCAUAUCGUAUUCGUUUUCAAUGAAAGCGACAACAAAUAGCCCAUUAAGGUUAGUUGAUUGAUCUAAGCAAGAUAAUGUUAGGGUAUUAAGACUACAUAGCACGUAGAAGAUUACCUGCAGAAUAAUGCAGUGGUUCUUGUCUAUGUUUUUGGCUAGGUGGAAGUCUAUAGUCAUAAUGUAUGCAACUUAUUAUGUUUUCUUCUUUCUCAAACUCUAGAUUGGAAGA